AUGCGACCGCACCUGGUACUAUUGAACUGCUUGAACUGCCUCGCGGCUCGGGUCGGCAUCGUCUUCACCUGCGCCCGCCGCGUGCUCUCCGGCAAACCCGGCUCGGACAUCGGGAUUCGCGCCGCCGCGUGCGGGAAUAAUGGCAACAAGCUGGGGCACGACCCAUCAGGCGGAGGCGUUGUUCCUUGGCCCGUGCUGCUCGUCGCGCUCGCGACCUCACUCGCCUUCAUCGUUCUUUUCCAGACUCGCCGCGCGCCCAUUCCGCCCAUAUGCAUGGUCGAGCUAGAAGUAGUGGUGCGCUCCCUCCACGACUUCCGCGGCUCUUGGCUGAACCGGAAAGUCGCGGAAGCGGCCGGAUGGCCGCCGCCGCGCUGGCCGAGCCGCCGUGCGCCGAGUCGCGAUGCUAUGAACGGUCUAGAUUCGAAGCCGGAGACGGAGUCUCGUCUCGCCGCCAAUUGCCGAGCUAGUUUGUGUCGGUCGCUGCAGGAGUGGGCUUUACAGGGCAAGCAGAGAGAAGCAGCCGCCAUUGAAGCGCUUGCUCUCCGCGUGGUGGCGGAGGCAGCGCAGGCGCCGGCGGGGGGGUCCUUGGGCGACACGCAAGAACCGCCAGCGGCGGCGCAGAUUGCGGAGCGACUGCGAGUGCAGCAUGACGUGGCGCUUCUGUGCUCGGCGCCGUGGCAGCGCGCCGUGCAGGGCGGCGUGGACGAGAGCGCGUGGCUGCAGAGCGCGCAGCGGCGCGGGUACACGAGCGCGGAAGCAAUGGCGCGCGGAAUGGAGUCCAUGUGUCGCCGCCUGCACCGCGUGCAGAGCAACCUGCUCGCCCGCGGCAGCACGUGCCGGCACUGGCCCGAGCCGUGCUGGCCCGCGCCUGGCGUGCCCUUCUCCCGCAGUGUAAGCUGGGCGUUGCAGCGACUGGACGUGAACGCGCUAGCGCGGUACCUGGUGUUCGCCAUGUCGGAGGAGCAGCUCAGCAACGCGCGCUCGCACCUCGUGGAGGCGGCCCGCGUUGCCCGCAUGGCCAACCGCGUGCUCGUGCUGCCACUGGGGAGCAACAGCCGGAUAGACCUCUCGCAGCCCCUGCCGCUCUGCGCCUACUGGGACCUCGCGCCCUUGGAUGCGGCGCCCUGGAUAUCCCCGGAGCUCUUCCUGCUGCUGGCGCGCGCAGCUCUCAAGGAGCCCUCUGUGGGCUUCACCUGGUUUAUCCCCUCCUUUUUUUUUGGUGUAUCUGGGGGCCAUGGCGUGUGGGAUGGGUGCUUUGUGGGGGCAUUGCUCGUGGGGUAUGGCACGUGGGGGGCAUGGCAUGUGAGUGGGCGAGCAGACAUGGUGUCGGAGUUCACAGGGGAGCUGCUGACAUUCGCCCUGGGGCACGUGCCCACGGAGCACAACACGCUGCUCUUCAACAUGCCUGCUAACAAACACGACAUCGAAAACCUUGUUCGCAAACAGGAGGACAAGGACGUGGUGCUGUGGUUCAAGACCACGUGGGAGCGCGUGUCGUUUGAGCCACACACGGACGACAUAGCGCUGCAGCAGCUGCCCUACAAGCAUGAGUUGCACUAUCUUGCCGCCAGCAUUGUGCAGCGUCUCCCCAAGCCCUUCCUCGCUCUGCACUUCCGCUCCGAGUUCAUUGCCUUCAGAGUGGUGGGCACGGCAUGA